AUCAAUUCUAUGAUCCGAUUAUUUCUAACAAAUCGAUCAAUUUUGCAGACCAAUUUUCGGAAAAUUCUCACAUUGUUCUCUCAUCUGACAAUGGAUCAAAUGUUUCGGAAACAGCUGUAGAAAGUUUGAAACAGUGUGAUAUAAUGGCUCCCAUCUCCGUUGAAGCAUUACCAGAAGAAUAUUGUGAGAAUAAGCCAAGCAGAGAUUCUGAAAAGUUGGUUGAGGAGAUACGAGAUACUAUUGAUAAACAGUCCGUUGAAAUCAAAUUACUUCAUGUUGAAAACUCAAAGUUACGUACGUUAAACAUGCUCCUACAGGAAUCUCUAUUACAAAAGGGAAAUGAAGGAUCCUUCACUGAUAUUCCAGGAUAUCCAAGCACUGAAUGGCUGUUAAGUGUAUCUCAAAAUUCUGGCGACAGUGAUUAUUUGUUUAUAAAAGAGCUUAUGCUUCAAUUGUCCCCGCAAGGAGUUGGAAAUGCAACGGCUACUGGUAGGCCCUCUAACAACCCACACGGAUGUAAAAAGGAACCGAUAAAUAAGGAUUCCAACGUUCAGCGAAUCAAUAAGUUGGAUCCGGAGAAAGUAAAAUACAUGAAGGAUCGCGUUUACGAAAGGCGACGUAUUCUUCAAGAUCCCGUUGGAAUUGCAAUGACGAAGGCGAAGAUGAUUAAUAAACACAUUGCAAAUGUUAUUGCGAACAAUCCAUCACUGCGCAAUGAACCGAAGCCAUUGGGUAAACCAUUCGAAUAA